AUCUACUUCGCGCCACUGUCCAAAUCAUCAGCCGACAAAACUCCGGCGACGGGCCCCACAAACCCGCCGUCGAUUAAGGAGAAAAACACAUGGUAUAUAGUAUUGACCCAAUCAAGUUCCUUAUUUUACCGUUGGAGAAUUUCAAUCUUAAAUAUUACCAAAAUCCAACAAUUUGAAAGCCCCAAUGAGUAGAAGUUUUUCAAAUUCAAAUUUCUGUUUGUUACCAUCAAUGGUCUUAUUGGCUGCAAACACAAGAUAAAGCAUAUAUCUAACCACUACCCUUGCUCUUUCUUUAAAGCAAAAAAUAAAGUGCCCCACCCCAACAAACAAGAAAUCAAAAAAAAAAAUCCUAUUUAUAUAACCUGUUGUUCUGUUCUUUUUACCCAAAUUGGGUGUUCAAAAAAUGUCUAGUUUCAAGAAAACUACAAACCCUCUUCGUUCUUCGACUUCUUAUAAUUCCCUUUAUGAUAAUCCUUUAAAUGAGCUCGGACAAAACCGGAGUAGCAGCAAUGGCAGCAGUACGGUUGGUGAAGCAUUGGGUGUUCAUUUGCUUCAGAACCAACUUGUUAUAUCUGAUAAUAAAGAAAAUUCUGCACCACAUAAACCUGAAAAAUCCAAUCUUUGUGAUAAAGAAAAUGUUUUACGGUAUGAUUGGACUGGUAAGGUUGUGAAUAAUGAGUUUACGAGGGUUGGGGCUGAUGUGAAAGACUCUGUUCUGAGGCCAUCUUCACUUCAGCUAUGUAUACAAAAAAAUGAACCUGAUUCUAAAAUUGGGUUGAAAAUUUGGGAGCAUGCGGAUACUGAGACCCCGAAUUCUGCUAAUAUUUGGGAUUAUUCGGAUUCUGAAGCUGCUCCAGCUUCUUCUUGGUCUACACUUCCCAAUAGGUCAUUGUUGUAUAGGCCUUUGCCUAUAGACAUUGGAAGAUGUACUUGUCUGAUAGUGAAAGAAGCAUCUCAAGAAAGCAGGGAUGGAGGGAGUUUUUACUCACUUUAUACAAAUGAGGGGCAGGGGCGUCAGAAUCGGAAACUUGCCAUAGCCCAUCAUAGAAGGCGUAAUGGGAAAUCUGAGUUUGUAGUUGCUCAAAAUACAAAGGGAAUAUGGGGAGAAUCUGAUGACAGUUUGAUUGGACAUGUAACAGCUAAUCUUCUGGGAUCAAAAUACCAAAUAUGGGAUCAGGGCCGUCCUAAUUCCACAACCAAACAAUCAAAAUUGCUGGGCGCUGUAACAUUCAUGCCUACAAUCGCGACGUGGACUGGAAGCUACAGAAGGAUAAAAGCAUACAUUCCAAAACACCAGUCCAUGCAGUUAAAAUGUACAGCUCAGCACAUCAAUGGACUACCCGCGGACUGGGAGGAGCAUAUGGACAAAGUGAAUCAGUUGUUUUCAAAGAUUCCUCAUUACAAUAAGGUCUCAAGACAGUAUGAGUUAGAUUUUAGAGAUAGAGGAAGGGCAGGACUCCGAAUCCAGAGCUCAGUUAAGAAUUUUCAGCUGACUAUGGAGAAAAAUGGAAGGCAAACAAUUCUACAACUUGGUAGAGUGGGGAAAGCUAAGUAUGUGAUGGACUACAGGUACCCGUUGACAGGUUAUCAAGCGUUUUGCAUAUGUUUGGCUUCUAUUGAUUCGAAGUUGUGUUGCACACUGUAAACGGGGAAUCUCCGGCUCCUUUUGUUGUUCAACCUCUGAACAACAAAGUCACUUAUUUCAAUUAUUUUGUACAAGCAAUUUAGACAUGUUCUAUUUAAUUGAAUAAUACAGCAUUGUGCACCUACUUCCUUAUUUUCUAAAAACUUCCUCUUGACUGUAGAAUUUCCUAUGAAUAUUGUGAACGAACGAGUACGAACUUAGAUUGUG